AUGACAGACAACGUGCCCCUCCACUCCCCAAACAUUCUGGUUAAUCCUCGCUCUUCUCUGCUUGGAGAGAUGAACGUUAACAGAAUCUAUGUGUCUAGAAACACCAAUGAGAUGAGCCGUAGAAUUCACAUAAUGAAUUCUAUUACUUCUCUCUUCUCAAGCUUCUUGGAGGACUCUACCAAUGUGUUCUUCGAAUUACCGGAAGACAAGUCAUCCGCCAAGGGGCAGUUUGAAAAUAUACAGUCACUGUCAGAGAUCUCCACGAAGGGCAAAGGACCGACGAUUAGUUAUCUGGAGUGUUGGGAGGAGUUCGCCGUUAUUCAGCUUAAUCCUAAUGGAUUGAGGAGGGAGUUUCGGAGUGUUUGGGAGCUGGAAAAGGAGAUUGAAGCAUUCCACAUUGCUACAUUUCAAUAG